UAAGUUUACAAAUUCAAGGAAUUGCAGUUUGAUGGCGUUGUCGGGAAGUUUCAAAGAAUGGAGAAAAACUAACCCGCGGGGGACCAUAAAGGCGAAAUUGAUGACAAAUUGAUGCAUCCAAAAUACAUUCAAGGAUUCAAUUAACAUGUUUACAAUGUUGGAAUGACGAGUAUAAAGAAUUUUGAUGACGGGGUUUGAAUGUAGUUGAAGAAGAAGCUGAGGUUGCAUAUUUUGGAUUCGCGUUUCCAGUGGAAAUCGGGACGGAGGAAAAAUGUGGCAGACAGAUACAGAAGGAACGAUGUGAGCUGAGAAGAGUAGUGACUUUUAUCACGUGUAAUAAUGUUUCAAUCACUUUUGGUUUUGUGCAUUGUCUUUUUUUUAACGUUUCUUUUUCAAGAGCGGGGUCGGACGGAGGAAAACGUUUUGUUUAUUCCAGAAUGGGCAUGGACUUUUAUCGAAAUGUCAGCUGUAGCUUGCCGUUAGUUUUCUGGUAACCUAUUUGAAUACAUAAAGUCAUUAAAGAAGAUACAUUGUAGCCGACCCCUUUUCCCAAGAAUGUCGGAUUUUGAGAGAGAUGCAGUGAGCCAUUAUUGGACGCAACAAUGUGACCAACUUCAAUGAGGCCUUAUUGUAUUUUUAUUGCAACAAUUGCCAUAAUCGGUAUCCUUGUGGAUUGCAACCUAAAUUCAUUUUCAUUGUAUUUUGCAGUGAAAUAAAUCAAUAAUAUGUUGACAUCGGUUAGAGUUAUUAAGACAAAUAAUAUCAAUAUCUAUUUGAUGGCUUUUUUCCGUUGUUGGUAAAGAUUUUGAUCGUGUUUCCACUCGUACUGUGCAGCUCACCCAGGAGGACUGCAGUUCGGUGGAUGAAAGAUUGGAGACCCUUUCUACUGGGAGUCUGGCACGGGACAACGACUCGAAUCACCGGACCAGUCCGGGGACAGGCUGCUCGCCCUAAAUGACACCCCUUGCACUCAGAAGAUCCUGAUUUUUGAGGAUUUAACCCAAUAACCCUGGAAUCUAAUCUGAUAUACAUUUUUUUGUGAGAUAACCCGCAUCGUAUCCUGUGUAGGCUAUGCUAUGCCUGUGUAAACUGUGACCAGGCAGGUAUGCAGUUGAACCGGCCGAAGAGCGCUUUAGUGACGAGCUUCAGCCCACGGAUGGCCCCGGAGACCGCAGCCAAUAGGACUACCAGUACGGUUUCCUUCUCCAGCCAGUUCAAAACAAUCCGCUUCUCCUACCACAUCAGCAGCGGCAUGCCAAGUCCACAACCACCGCUGCGCGGGAUACGCCCGUCCUCUUCCAGUCCUCGGCUGAUGACUAAGAGCCUGUCUCUGGAUCCUGGUGCUCACGGUGCUUGCCUCGGGGCCCAUGCCGAUGACUCAGACACCCAGACUCCUCGCCUCAGCUCAGACCCCGGAUCCCUGACCUCUGGGUCCCUUGGUCUGCACCCAUCCACGCCCCUGCUGCACCCAGCUGGACACGGCUGUAACGGAGGAGACAAUGAGAGUGGAACUCCUCAAGAAGUGCCCUCCACCGCCCUCAAGAGACGCCCUCCCUUACCUGGGCCUAAACCACAAGUGCCCCCAAAGCCUCCUCACCUGCAGCAGAGUGCUGGUGCUCCUAGGCCCUGCCCCCGCGCCCCGGACAAGCCCCUCCCACCUCCUCCACCCUGCAGACCUCUUCCUGCAGACCCCAGAGGGGGAGGACCCUGCCGACCGCCGACACUCCCCCGUGCCGAGGGAAGCUCCUCCCCCACCGCCUGUGUGCUCUCCCUCAUUGAGAAGUUUGAGAGGGAGCAGAUCAUUGUGGUGCCUGAUAUCAUGGGAGGGGGUCUCUUUACCCCCAGGGUCCCGGAGACAGGACCAGUUGGGAGUCCCUUCUCUCCCCCAGUCUCAGAGCUCACUCUGGGCUGUCUCCACGUGGCCUGCCCCCCUGGUUCCUCUCAAGAGCUGGAUGACCUACCUCAGGGGCUGGCUGUGUUGGCUGGCAUGGUGCUGGGAGAGAAAGCAGCGGAGACAGACAACAUGGAGGAGGGUAAUGAUAAAGAACUAGGAGCGUUGUGCUCUGCCUCUGACAAGCGCCUGUCCAUGGAGUCCGGUUAUAGCGCCUCAGAGAAACUCACAGACGCCGUGGAGAUAAGGGGGCAGGCGGAGUCAGAAAGACAAUCAGGGAUCCCCUCUGACAACUUGUCCCUCCUCCAGCCGCAAGUGGACGGCAAACUGGCCAAUCGAGACUCUGGCAUCGACAGCAUCAGCUCUCCGUCCCACAGUGAGGAGCUGUGUUUCGCCGGCGACGAGGACCGGGUCAUCUUCCCCUGUAGUCCCGCCCUCACGCUGCCACGCCUCUCUAGCUCCUCCUCCUGCAGCUAUGCGGAGGGUCCGGGGGGAGAGGGGGCGUCGGCUGAGGGAGGGGAGCGGGGAUGA